GCAAAAGAAUUUAAAUAAAAAUGUAGUAGCAACUUUAUCCAACAGUAACCGUCUUUCUCUGUUUAUAGCAACAACCAUUUCUAUUUCAGUUUCUCUGUCCUUGCUCAUGCCGAUCGGUUCAAUUUCUCUUUUCUGCCAUCGGACGCCCUCCGUCCACCAUCUCCUCCGCCACAUAACCACCUUUCGCCACCUCUCAAUCGCUGCAGCCAAGCAACAACAACAAAAGAACCCUAAUGUUUCUAGAAGACCUCAACCCAACAAGAAUCUCCUUAGAGCCAAACAGACCUUCAAGCAAUAUUCCUCCCUAGCUCCUGUACUCUCUCAAGAUGACAAACCUCCACUCUCCGAUUUCCAAGCCAUCGGUACCGUGGCUGCCGCUCAAGCUAACUUCAUGCGCGUAAUUGUCCAAUCUCUCCCUUCAUCCCCUGAGCUUUCUAGAACCGUCCAGAAGAGCCAAGAGGAACAGUCUGGAAGCUCCGAUGAUAGUAAAAUUGGUGUCGAGUUGUUGUGUGUGGUGAGAGCAGUGUUGAAGAAGAUUAAGAGGAGAGUGCUUGUAGGGGACAAGGUAGUGGUUGGGACUAUAGAUUGGAUAGACAGAAGGGGCGUGAUCGAGAAUGUGUUUCAACGGAAUACGGAGAUUUUAGACCCUCCGGUGGCUAAUGUGGACCACUUGUUAGUGCUUUUCUCCUUACAGCAGCCAACGCCGGAGCCAUUUUCGCUCACGAGGUUUUUGGUCGAGGCUGAGUCCACUGGCAUUCCAUUGACGCUUGCUUUGAAUAAAUCGGAGCUUGUUGACGAAGAGACAUUGAUUGUAUGGAAGUCUAGACUGCGUAGCUGGGGCUAUGAACCAGUGUUUUGCAGCGUUGAGACUAAGCAUGGACUUGAUUCUCUGGCAUUUAUUUUGAGAGGUCAAACAACAGUGAUUGUGGGUCCUAGUGGAGUUGGGAAAUCUAGCCUGAUUAAUGCUCUAAGAAACAACCCCCGUGCUUGUGAUGCUACAAAAGUGGAUAAUUGGUUUGACCCUAUCUUGGGGAGCAAGUGGUUUGAGGAGCAGCGUGUUGGGGAAGUUUCAACAAGAAGUGGCAGAGGGAAGCAUACUACUCGUAAUGUUUCUUUGCUUCCACUCUCCGGAGGGGGUUAUCUUGCUGAUACUCCUGGAUUUAACCAGCCUAGAUUGCUGAAAGUAACAAAGCAAUCUCUUGCUCAAGCUUUCCCAGAGAUUCGGAAAAUGUUGAGUGCUAGUGAACCUGCUAAAUGUUCAUUCAAUAAUUGCUUGCAUCUUGGUGAACCUGGGUGCAUUGUGAAAGGGGAUUGGGAAAGAUACCCAUUCUAUUUUCAACUUGUUGAUGAGAUCAAAAUCAGGGAGGAAUUUCAGUUGAGGACAUUUGGUACCAAAAAGGAGGGUGAUAUAAGAUAUAAAGUUGGAGAUAUGGGUGUCCAGGUAGCAGAACCUCGUUUGGAACCCAAGAAGCAUAGAAGACAGUCCCGCAAAAGGAUCAACCAAUCAAUAAUGGAUGACCUGGAUGAAUUGGAUGAUGAUGAAAACUUACUAGAUGAGGAAAAUGAUCCCAUCUUGAGGGCACUAAGAAAUGAAAAUCAGUAGGAAGUUUAACCUUGUCGCAGCAGAACGCAUUGUAAAUAGCAGUUUUACACAGACAGUUGGCCCAUCUAAAGAACUGAGAAGUUGAGUUGUAAAUUUCUGUUGUCCGAAAACCAAGGGGUAAUGGCUGUAGUUGUAGCCUCUAGCCAUGAGAUCAUAUACAGAUGGCCCGCGAACUGAACUUGUAUUCCAGGGGCAUGUUUCCAAUCUCUCGGUGAUCUAUUGAAUGAAUCUGAUUUUCCUUCCUGCACUA